AUGAAUGCAAUGGAUUGUAACUUGGUUAAGUUGUACUAUGCCGACACAAAAUCGACAGCAGGGUCAUUGUGUGAAUUUGAAAAGAUAUUCAAUUCACUUUCCUAUGGUGUACUUGGCUACUCGACGGCAAUUUCGAUUUCAAGCAUUUUGAUAAACAUUGUACAUUUUUUCAUGCUAACUAGAAAACCAAUGAGAACAUCGUCAAUCAAUAUCUUAAUGGCUGCAGUCGCGGUGUUUGAUGUUUUUGCAUCUUUACACCAAAUUGAAACGCUACUCAGUCGUUACAGUUACAUCUUUGUCUCUUGCUAUCCAUCAGGCGCUUACGGACUAGUAUUAACUAGAGUUAUACUUGACAUACUUAAAAAUUACUCAAGAAGAUGUUCAACAUGGCUCAUCGUUUUUAUCGCUUUUAUUCGAACGCUAAUUGUUCGGAACCCGUUGAGCAAGUAUAAGUCACUGGGAAAACCAAAGGCAUCAGCUAUGGUCAUUGCUGGAAUCUGCGUAACAAGCUUGCCAGUUUCGAUAUUCAAGUGUCUUGAAUAUCAAUUUAUUGAGAAUUGGGACUUCUAUUCUUGCCUUCCUGGGAAAACUUAUUACUUAUAUGUUGAGUCACAUUUAUUCAUGAAAAACGACGGUUUUCUGGCAAAGUGUUUUUAUCUAUUUAAUUCAUUUGUCUCCGAUAUAAUUCCAUGUAUAUUGCUACCGAUUGUAACUUUAUUACUGGUUUUGAACUUAUGGAAAACCGCUAAAAAAAGAACAAAUACCUUAUCUGUAAGUAGGAACAAUAGUUCGCGAAGCAGAACUGGAUUAGUUUUCUGUGUAACUAUUAUGUUUUUCAUUGUUGAAUUACCAUAUGGUUUGAGCAUGGGGUUUGUCUGGUCGAAUUUCGAUGAAAUUGCCAUGCAGCAACUAUUGACUCACAUUGGAUUCUUUUUCUCGAUAUUAAUAACUUUGAACACUUGGACUCAUCUUUUUGUGUGUCUCAUCAUAUCAUCUCGAUACAGGAAUACAGCAAUUUAUGUUUUUUCAUUUGGAUGUUUCGGAUUGAAAAACAAGAUUUUGGGCAGAUCCGCUCAACCCAAAUCAGUGUGGUAA